CUGGACAGCGGCUUAUCUGCCACGUAAAUUCAACAUGGCUGCCAAAAGGGACAAAUACUCUAUUUUGUUGCCCACUUAUAACGAGCGAGAAAACCUACCGUUGAUCGUUUGGUUGAUUGUUAGAGCUUUUUCAGAUAGUGAGCAUGAUUAUGAGAUAAUAAUUAUUGAUGAUGGUAGUCCAGACGGUACACAAGAGGCAGCGAAACAACUAGAAAAUAUUUAUGGCACAGAUAUAAUUAGACUCAAACCGAGACCCAGCAAGCUUGGCUUAGGUACUGCUUACAUUCAUGGAAUGGAACAUGCAACUGGUAACUACGUAAUAAUCAUGGAUGCAGAUUUGUCUCAUCACCCCAAGUUUAUUCCAGAAUUUAUCAGAAAACAGAAAGAAGGUAACUAUGAUGUUGUGUCAGGAACAAGAUACAUUGGAAGUGGUGGAGUGUUUGGCUGGGAUCUGCGAAGGAAAUUAAUAAGCCGUGGGGCUAACUAUCUCACACAGAUUCUUCUCAGACCAGGAGCAUCUGAUCUUACUGGGAGUUUUAGAUUGUACAAGAAGGAAGUUCUUGAGGAUCUUGUGGAUGCUUGUGUGUCCAAAGGAUUUAUCUUUCAGAUGGAAAUGAUUGUGCGUGCAAGACAGUUUGGUUACACUAUUGGAGAGGUGCCAAUAACAUUUGUUGAUCGUGUGUAUGGCGAGUCAAAACUCGGCGGUAGCGAAGUAGUUUCCUUUGCUAAGGGACUGCUUUAUCUGUUUGCCACCACGUGACAUUUGACUGUUACACCGAGUUAGAUUAAACCCGGGGUGGCGGGGGACUUCCAUAUGUAAAGGUCGGGGAUGUGCGUCGGGAAAUUUGAAUUAAACCUAUAAAGGAGAACAAUUUGGGCGUGGCUGGAACUUAAUUUGAUCCCCAUAAGAUACCUCUUAAAACGGCAUAGAUUACCAGCUGCCAUUCAGGAAGGGAGCUCGCACUACUGUAGUAGACCGGAUUCGAGAGACCGGCGGAAAUCAAGCCCAAAAACAGAAAUAGCCUGAGCGUUUCUUUUAUCAUUAAUUGUUUCUUUAAGUGCACCCGACAAGAUACUUUAAUAGCUAUAAAUAGUGGCGUUUUGUAAUCAACUCCCUAAGUGAGACCAGAAUCCUUGAUUUAUAUACCAGGAGCUUCUUUUUAUACCCCUAAGCGAGACAACGUACAUCCCUGACCUUUUCAUAUGUGAGUCUCCCGUGCAGUCAAAUCACUCAGUACUGUCGUUAUUCGGCCUAGCCCCAAGUAGACAAGAAGAUAUACUUCGAACGUUAUAUGGCAAUUUUUGUGCGUUUUCUGGUGUUUUCCUCAAGGUUUUUUCAUCGUGAAUUCUUUACAAAAAUCAGUAAAGAUGUCUAGUUGUAUUUGUUGAUUACAGCAAGGAAAUACGUGGGUUUAGAUGACGUGGUUCUAUAAGAAAGGCAGACAAUAAGUUAUUUUUUACACAUAAUUGUAUAGGUGAAUGGGAAAACGGUAAUGAUAGAGAACAAUAAAUUUCAUCAUGAAUGGAUCCUUUAACAAAUCGUUUAGAGAACUCUUACUCUUACACCGUCGUCUUGGUUUUAUUAAUAUCAGUUAAAGGAGCUCAGUCACGGUUUGCGCAUAUUUAAAAGUUUAGGACUCGUUUAGCCUCUAUUUCUCAAAUUUCUUCUCCAUCCUUAGCCAUCCUUGUUCCUCUAUGGUUUAUC